AUGCUGCUCAACCACAUGGAGAUGCGAUGCCGGAAGCAAAAUCUCACCGCACAGAUGAGCCUGGUCUUGGCCUGCAUGCGCAGGCGUUUGAAGGCACUUCCAAAGCACGAGCAUGUGACACCUGAGAUGGUGGCAAUUUUAUCAAAGAUCUUCAAGAAGCUCACCCUGGGGCGCUUGCUGGACCUCAUUCGGUCAAGCCGCAAUGUCCCCAACGCCUUUAAAGCUGAGCUUUUGGCCGUUGCGGCGCUCGCGGUGGGACGGCCCAUCCCUGCGGGCGAUGAAGCAACGAGCGAGAACUCGCUGUGA